CCGUGUCUUCCUGCCGCUACUGGAGGUUAGCGCCAGUUGUACAAUCGAGCGCACCCAGCGUUGGAGGGAAGCGACGGGAUUUAGGACCCGGGGGGAGGCGCGGUACAAUAGAGCCGUUGUGCCGUGGUGGAGGACCGACUGCUACCCAGGAGAGCCCCUCUGUGGUCGGAUACAAACUCCCAGAUCCCCCCCCCUCCUCCCGCCCGCAGCCAGAACCAGAGCCGCGGUAGUUUUUUCCCCCGGUACAUGUUGGACGCGGUAUCCGGACGGAUAUGCGGCUGGAAUAAGGCGGACGGCAGCGAGCGGACUGGAGGAUGUUACAGGAUGAAACGUCUCAGGUCGUCCAGCAGUAGCGACACUUCUGACAAUGAGAGUCCCUCCACCUCCUUCUGCUCCUCCCACAAGUAUGGAGGCGGCAAACCCGAAGCUCCGGCCGCCAACCAGAAGAAACCGGCUGAAGUGUUCAGAAAAGACUUGAUCAGCGCCAUGAAGCUGCCCGACUCCCACCACGUGUCCCCGGAGGACUACUACCUGCUGGCGGACGCCUGGAAGCAGGACUGGGAGAAGGGGGUGCAGGUGCUGGCGAGUCCAGACACCAUCCCCGAGCCCUCCGUCAGAGUCAUGGAGGAGAAGCCCAAAGAGGUUCUCUACACGCACCAGAAGAAGCACAUCCAGUGCUCGAGCCUGGAGUCCACGGAGCCGGGCUACGUCGCCAUCAAGGAGCUGGCGGAGGCCAUGUGCCGCUACGACCUGGACGACAUGGACCUCCACUGGCUGCAGGCGCUCAACCGAGAGCUGGACCGCAUGGGCGAGGAGCCCGUGCACGAGCUGACGAUGGAGCGCGCCAUGGAGGCCCUGGAGAGCCAGUGCCACGACAACAUGAACCACGCCAUCGAGACGGUGGAGGGCCUCGGCAUCGAGUACGACGAGGACGUCAUCUGCGACGUGUGCCGCUCCCCCGACAGCGAGGAGGGCAACGACAUGGUGUUCUGUGACAAGUGCAACAUCUGCGUGCACCAGGCCUGCUAUGGAAUCGUCAAAGUGCCGGUUGGGAACUGGCUGUGCAGGACGUGUGUCCUCGGCAUCGACCCUCAGUGUCUCUUGUGCCCUCAGAAGGGGGGGGCCAUGAAGGCCACACGAGCCGGCACCAAGUGGGCUCACGUGAGCUGUGCUCUGUGGAUCCCAGAGGUGAGCAUCGCUUGUCCCGAGAGGAUGGAGCCCAUCACCAAAGUGUCCCACAUCCCCCCCAGCCGCUGGUCGCUCAUCUGCAGUCUGUGUAAAUGGAAGACGGGCGCUUGUAUCCAGUGCUCGGUGAAGAACUGCACCACUCCCUUCCACGUGACCUGCGCCUUCGAGCACAGCCUGGAGAUGAAGACCAUCCUGGACGAAGGCGACGAGGUGAAGUUCAAGUCGUACUGCCUGAAGCACAGCCAGCCCAAGGCCGGGGAGGCCGGCCCGGGCCCGGCUCGCUCCAAGCCCGCCGGCGACGCCCAGAAGGCGGGUCCGCGCGCCCAGAGGCUGCGGGAGCUGGAGGAGGAGUUCUACACGCUGGUGCAGCAGGAGGAUCUGUCCCGGGCCCUCGGGCUGCCGGCGCGCCUGCUGGACUUCAUCUGUCAGUACUGGAAGCUGAAGAGGAGGGCCAACUUCAACCGGGCCCUGCUGCCCCCCAAGGAGGACGAGGAGAACCUGGUGCUGCAGCCGCAGGAGGACAGCAUCCACACGCGCAUGAGGAUGUUCAUGCACCUGAGACAGGACUUGGAGAGGGUGAGGAACUUGUGUUACAUGGUGAGCCGGCGGGAGAAGCUGAAGGUGCUGCAGAGCAAAGCUCAUGAGCAGAUGUUCAACCUGCACGUGAAGCUCCUGAACCAGGAGCUCUCAGCCGGUCUUCCCUCUUCGUCUCCGGCGGAGAGCCUGCUGUUCCGUCCUCCUCCUCGGAUCACGCUGAAGCUCAAAAUGCCCAAACCCUCCGGCCCGGGAAACGGAAACGCCGGCUCCAAGUCCGGCAACGGGCCGCUGUGCCCGGACCACAGCGGCAACGUGGGCGAGGGCGAGGGCCUGGGCCAGGGGAAGCCCCAGCUGCACGGCCGGGGCCGCCGCGAGGAGCGCCCCAACGGCCGCCUCACGUCCUCCUCCUCCUCCGGCCGCGGCCCGGCCCCGCUGCCCGGCGGCAAGCCGCUGGCCCUGCACGCCGCGCUCCACGGAGGCCACUCCUCCAACGGCAGGCCGGACCCGGACCGCAAGUCCAACGGCCUCUCGGAGAAGCCGGCGGCGCUGAAGGACAGCUCCUGCCAGACGCCCGGCGACCCGGACGCCUCGGCGCCGGCCCUGGAGAAGAGCGGCCUGCGCAAGUCGGCCAUGGAGCACUUCGGCCGGUCCUUCAAGGAGGCCACCAUCAACUUGGUGCGGACCACCGAGGACCUGCGGGCCUCCGACAAACUGUCCCGGAAGGGCGGCGCCAAGGAGCGGCUGUGGGCCAAGCCCGAGCACCGGGCCAAGGGCGGCAGGUCGUACCAGGACAGCGACGGCUACUGUCCCGACCUGGAGCUCAGCGACUCUGAGCCGGAGGCCAAAGGGAGGCGGCGGCAGGUCGGCCCGCCGGACGCCGGGGGGAAGGGGGUCGGCCGCGGGAAGCAGUCGCUGGCCUCCAGGCACGCCGUGCAGAGGUGACGGCCGCUCGACCGCUCCGUCCUCCCAAGUGGCCGGGACGAGGAUCAGGGGCCGGGACGAGGACCCAGGGGGACUCUGCAGAGUGUCCACGGAGGGUUUUCGGUCCUCCUAAAAACGCGUGAGACAGUCUUCAGAGACGGAGAUUAUCAUGGUUGUUUUCAUUGUGACCAGAAUCACAUUUUGUUCCCUGCUCACGGUGUAAACCCCCCCCCCCCCCCCCCCUAAACCCUGCUGGACAUGGUUGUACACAGGAUGGUCACGCCAGGAUGGCAAUCAUGUUCCACUGAAUCACAACGCUCCACUUUAUUGACACUUCAAACAUCCUGUCGACGUGUACGGAAUCUACUUUUGUAUUUUUUCAUUUUUGUAUGAAGAAUAGCAACAUGUAACACACGUAUGACCAUGAACCGUGUGUUCAGAGUGAUGGGCGAGCAUGUGCGACGGGUGAUGAACCGUCCUGCAGCUGUUUCUUGCACAUCUGUUUUGGUGACCUUUUGUGCGAGGUCGUAGGUCAUGAACACAAGAGUCCCGUCUGUGAGUAGAAAUGCACCGUUUAACACUAUUAGUAGGAUUCUGUCUGAAAUCAAAGCUCUUGUCUCAAAGUGGGCACGAAACAAGCGAUGCUCCACCCUGUGACGUAGUUCAGAUGAGUGACGGAUGUCUGCGUCUGAGGGUCACAUGACCAGCCUUCAUCGUCUUCUUCUCUUUGUUUUGAUAAUAAACAGCUGGUUCACUACUUCUGCACGUCGUUACGGUUCUUUCAUCGACUCCCAAAAAAAAGCUUUAUUUUUUUUUAAAUUUCAUUUCAUCAGAUGUUUGAUGGUGUCUCAAUUUAAAUAUAAAACUAACUGAAUCUGGAUGUUGAAUAAAUAAUAUGACCUUCAUUUGGUGCCAACGU